GCUGCUGCGCGUCUGAAUGGAGCUGUAAUUACUACCAGACUAUUUCCUGAGACUCCUCCACACUUCUGCUCGUGUAAUGGCGGCGGUGUUUGCGGAUCUGUAACCCCUAAACCAGCGCUGUUUGUCCGGGUGCGGAAAGUUGAUGGGAGCGCCGGGCCGGCGGUGCGUAACCGGAUCUGGAUACUUUUGGGCAGUUUUCUCGGAGACGCUCCACACUGCGGAGGCGCCGCUGGAGCUCCGUGUUCGGCUCGGAGGACGGAACUGCAGUCGAGAAUAAAGCGGUGGACGAAUUUUGGAAGCACUUGACUGGAUUGGAGUGGAACAGGAGCGCGGUCUGCGAUGGACGAUGGCAUCAUGAUCCUGCUCCUCAUGGUGUUGAUGGUUGUACCAGCUGCCAGCGUGGAAGAUAAAGCGGCGAAUGUGACUGACAUCGAGUGUGUGUGUGACGGGCAGUCAUGCGGCGGCGCUGGGCGCUGCUUCGGCCGCCGGUGCUUCUCGGCUCUCUCCAUCCAGAACGGGACGGCCCUGCGACAGAAGGGGUGCAUUGUGGGUAGGGAUGAAGAGGCGGUCCGGUGCGGAAGCUCUCUGCUGGAGUCGGGCAUGGUGGUGCAGUGCUGCCAGGAGACGCUGUGCAACAGCAACGUUACUGUGAAGAUGCCAGGCUCAGACGUCGGUCCCGUGCCGGACUCCGUACAGCACGCGUGUGUAUGUGAAGGACCGGAGUGUGCCAGCGGGGGGCGCUGUUCAGGAGAUCUGUGUUAUUCUUCGGUCACGGUGACGGACGGGAAGCUGCGGCACCGUAAAGGCUGUUACGCCGCCUCACAGAGGGGCGGGGCUAAAUGUGACACGCCCACCUCACCUGAUAGUAUCGUCACGUGCUGUUCGGGUCACCUGUGUAAUGCCAACAUCACGGCGGACCCCCCCACCAAAGAUGCAGAAGUGAAGCCGGUUCCCCGAGAGCACGAGUGUGUGUGCGAGGGUCGCUCGUGUGUGAGCGGUCAGCGGUGUACGGGUCAGCAGUGUUUCUCCUCUCUCACCGUGAGCGACGGGAUGCUGGUUUAUCAGAAGGGCUGCUUCACCGUGUACGAGCAGGGGCGCAUGACCUGCAAAACUCCGCCCUCGCCCGACCAGAUCGUGGAGUGCUGCCAGGCUCACCUGUGCAACAUGAACCUGAGUGUGGCUCUGCCGGUGAGAGUGGUGGAGGGUCCGAACUACAGCGUGACCACACUGAUCAUCGUAAUCGUGGCUCCCGUCAUCGUCCUCAUCAUCCUCUCCACGGCGGCGAUCCUGGUAUUCCGGCGGAUCCACCGUAACCAGAUGGAGCGCCUGACGGCCCGCGAUGCCGAGUACGGAACCAUCGACGGGCUCAUUGCGUCCAAUGUUGGCGAAAGCACGCUGGCGGAUCUGUUGGAUCACUCCUGCACGUCGGGCAGCGGUUCAGGACUCCCCUUCCUGGUUCAGAGAACAGUUGCCAGACAGAUCACACUGAACGAGUGUGUGGGUAAAGGCCGAUACGGAGAGGUUUGGAGAGGACAGUGGCAGGGUGAGAACGUGGCCGUGAAGAUCUUUUCAUCUCGGGACGAGAAGUCCUGGUUCAGAGAGACGGAGAUCUACAACACGGUCCUGCUGAGGCACGAGAACAUUCUGGGUUUCAUCGCGUCAGACAUGACCUCCCGUAACUCCAGCACUCAGCUCUGGCUGAUCACGCACUACCACGAGAUGGGCUCGCUGUACGACUACCUGCAGCUGAGCACGCUGGACGCCCCAGCCUGCCUCAGGAUGGCGCUGUCCAUCGCCAGCGGCCUGGCGCAUCUUCACGUGGAGAUCUUCGGCACGCAGGGCAAGCCGGCCAUCGCUCACCGAGACCUGAAGAGCAAGAACGUUCUGGUCAAUAAGAACGGCCAGUGCUGCAUCGCCGACCUCGGUCUGGCUGUGAUGCAUUACCAGGACACGAACGAGCUGGACGUAGGGAAUAACCCUAAAGUGGGCACCAAGCGCUACAUGGCCCCGGAGGUACUGGACGACUCCAUUCAGGUGGACUGUUUUGAGUCAUACAAGCGAGUGGACAUCUGGGCAUUCGGACUCGUCCUGUGGGAGAUCGCCAGACGUACAGUCAGUAAUGGUAUUGUAGAAGACUACAAGCCUCCCUUCCAUGAUGCAGUACCCAGUGACCCCAGCUUCGAGGACAUGAAGAAGGUGGUGUGUAUAGACCAACAAAGACCCAACAUCCCCAACCGAUGGUUCUCAGACUCGACUUUAACGUCCAUCUCCAAGCUGAUGAAGGAGUGCUGGUACCAGAACCCGUCAGCGAGGCUCACGGCCCUGCGCAUCAAAAAGACUCUGACCAAAAUCGAUAACUGCUUGGACAAAAUAAAAGCGGACAUUUGAACUUUCGAGCACGGAAGAUCUACAUCCACAAAGGCCUUUAUCGCGUCCGGCAAGACGGGACGUCCGGAGAUCCGGGAGAGAGAAAAAAAGAGACUGUAAGGGCACGGUGCCCUCCUAGUGGCACAAUGUAUUUAUUUUAAAAGCUACCGUGGGACUUGUCGUCGGCAUCCAAAGAUGGCACAGAGGGCAUUUAACAGACUGUAGAUGUGUGACUUGACCUCGCUUCACACGCAGUCACAUUUUUUUAUUAUUAAAAAGAAGAGACUGUUACACUAGCAGCACCAGGCGGACGUCGCUUCAGAGCUAAAGUUUACCUUCUAAUGCAGCUUCGAUCUCUGGAACGUUUUCCAGAGACGACGUAUUUCGUUUAGCAAUAUUGUCCGUGCUUCGUUUUGAUUCAUUGCACUGGCAGGCGCUGCUGGCAUUCCUUACUUGCUCUGCUACAGAAGAAUCCCGAGCGUAAAGACAAUGACGAAAUGCCAAAACGGCUGUAUUUUAUAUUCCACUAGCACCGUAUCCUUAACUAGUAUCCAUCACAGGUAACGCGAGCUCUGUUUAGUUUUACUUUGUGUUUUGUUAUCUUUAUUGUUUACCUUUUGCACUGCCAUUUACAGUAUCAUGGGAAAAAGCAUCUCUGUUUUCAUUUAUUCAUCCAUUCAUCCAUUUAUUGACAUCACUCGAGCUGUAAUUUAUUUAACUCUGUUUUCCAGUCGUACAUCCGGCCCGAGAUGUUACGUCUCACAGAUAUUUUUUGUAUUAAUAAGCAUUUAGCGUUUUGUUUUUUUUGUUUGUUUCAUAAGCUUUAUUGAGUAUAGAUGCUAAAAGAGUAAAUAAAAAAGAUUC